CAUGUCAGAUAAUUCAAUACUCGGUCCGCUAGGAAUCACUCCUCACGGAAUAGAUGAUAUCUUAACUGACGAAGGACAACAACAGCUAUUAAACAGUGUUGAUAGUGAUCAAAGGGUAAAACUGGAUAAAAUUGAACGAGUAACAGGUGGUAAUGAUAAGGAUCCUAACGCCAACAAUAAACUUAUAUUACCUACGCAUAACUCUUUUUCUGAUACUUCAAUGGUUGAAACUAAAGAAGAACAAACUAAAAAAAAGAAAACUCGACAUAGGACGACUUUUUCGUCAGGUCAAUUGGAAGAAAUGGAAAGAGCUUUUGAAAAAGCUCCUUAUCCAGAUGCCUUUACUAGGGAAGAUCUUGCCAAUCGAAUUGGAUUAAAUGAAGCUAGAGUUCAAGUCUGGUUUCAAAAUCGCCGUGCCAAGUGGAGAAAGAAGGAGAGCCCAAUGAGGAAAUACUAUUAUACAAGUUCUAUGGCCUCAGUUUAUCCGGGUUAUGUUACCCAUCAAGGACAAUCUACACAAACGUCAUAUUAUCCUCAGCCCAAUCCGGCUACCCUUGGAAGAAUGAGUCAAGGGAGAAAUGACCAAUGGCCAUUUUUAAAUGAUCCUACUCAACGAUGCAAUCCAAUAACUUAUCCUUUAUCGAAUCCCUACGUCCCACAAACGUCUCCAUUCGAUACCCUAAAAAGUAUAACAGAGGACGACCAACCCCCAUAUUUUACUCAGUUUUCAAACAUUUCGUAA